UUCCACAAUUAUGACCCUUUGGUUCAGUUUAGGACAAUGUAACCAAUAAUAUGUUUAAAAAAGAACAAUAUUUCCUUUGCAUGAGCCAUAGUUUUUUUUUUUUUUAAUGAUACGUGUUUUAAUUAAACAAUAAACUUAAUUUUUCUUACUUCUAACCAUUACUAACCAUAAACCACUUAAUUAAUUAAAAUAUUUAAAACUAUCUGUCCAGUACACAGAAUAUAGUGAUACACCUUUCUAUAAUCUAUAUAAAACAUAAUAUAGUAAGUUUCUUUAUUCUAAAAUAAACCUGAGUUAUAAUUGUGGAAGUUUGGAAUACUUUUCUUGCUAUACAAGCAGUCAUACAAAUAGACAGAUAGAAAAAAUAAAUGUUGGUGUGGACUCUAAAGUAAAUCAUAGAGAACCUAUGUUAAAUUAAAUCAAAUUAAUAUCAAUUUAUGUGAAUGUUUACUUAUAAAAUGGAUAUAAUUCUGAAAAGUAAUUUAUUUAAUUGUUCUCAAUUAUAGGGAGCACAAAUAACGCAGAUAAUUCAUAAAUUGUUAGAUAUGGGACAAAAGCAAGAUAUUGAAGAUGAACUUUAUUUAUUUUCUGAACAACUAUUAAAAAGACCACUAGAAUUUUCAGUGAAAGGAUUUUUUAUAAUUAAACCGUCACUUGUUGCUUCAAUGAUGGAGAUGAUUAUUACAUACGUAAUAAUUCUUUUGCAAUUUCAAGAUUCAUUAAAAUCUAUAUCUCCAGCUCAAUUUUUAGUUAAGCCAAGACAUGGCUAAAUGCAACUUACUAAUGGCCAGCCAACAGUAUGUUCUACUUUUCC